GUAGAUUGUUUCCUUGGCUACGCCAUAGGAAAGCGAAGGGCCAGUCCUUUCCGUUUUCACGUCGGCGGCGCUGAGAGCGGCACUAGCAGCCACCGCCGCCAGGGAGAGGGGCGGGCUGCGAGCGGCGAGGAUGGGGCUGAGCCGGGCCUAGCGGGGCGGCGGGCAGCUGCUGCCAUGAGCGGAGCUGCUAGUGGUGAGGGGGGGAGCGGGGACCCCGCAGCCCGCUGGGGGAGAUGGAAGCUGCUGGCCCUGGGCCUUCUCUCCGCCUCCUCGGUGCUGGCAGCCGCCCCGGGCGCCGGAGCCAUGAGCAGGGAGGAAAAGCGGCGGCUCGGGAAUCAAGUGUUAGAAAUGUUUGAUCAUGCUUAUAGCAAUUACAUGGAACAUGCCUACCCAGCUGAUGAACUCAUGCCUUUAACUUGCCGUGGACGGGUUCGGGGUCAGGAACCAAGUCGUGGGGAUGUAGACGAUGCCUUGGGAAAGUUUUCACUGACACUGAUUGAUACCUUGGACACUCUUGUGGUGUUAAAUAAAACCAAAGAGUUUGAAGAUGCUGUAAAAAAUGUGAUAAAAGAUGUUAAUUUAGAUAAUGACAUAGUUGUAUCAGUGUUUGAAACUAACAUAAGAGUCCUUGGAGGUCUUUUAGGUGGGCACUCUGUGGCAAUUAUGCUGAAAGAAAAAGGUGAAUACAUGCAGUGGUACGGUGGUGAACUUCUCCACAUGGCAAAACAACUGGGCUACAAACUUUUACCUGCUUUCAACACUACUAGUGGUCUCCCUUAUCCAAGAGUUAAUUUAAAAUUUGGUUUAAGAAGUCCAGAAGCUCGAACAGGAACAGAGACUGAUACCUGUACAGCUUGUGCAGGUACCUUGAUACUUGAGUUUGCUGCUUUAAGCCGAUUCACAGGAACAUCAAUAUUUGAGGAAUAUGCACGGAAGGCACUUGACUUUCUUUGGGAAAAAAGACAACGCAACAGUAAUUUAGUGGGAGUUACCAUUAAUAUACAUACUGGAGACUGGGUCCGCAAAGAUAGUGGAGUUGGAGCAGGAAUAGACUCGUAUUAUGAAUAUUUAUUAAAAGCCUAUGUCUUGCUUGGAGAUGACCGUUUCCUGGAAAGAUUUAAUACACACUAUGAUGCCAUAAUGAGGUACAUUAGUCAACCACCUCUUCUGCUUGAUGUUCAUAUUCACAAACCAAUGCUAAAUGCUCGGACCUGGAUGGAUUCUUUGCUUGCGUUCUUCCCAGGCUUGCAGGUAUUGAAAGGUGACAUUAGACCUGCUAUUGAAACUCAUGAGAUGUUAUAUCAGGUGAUAAAAAAGCAUAACUUUCUUCCUGAGGCUUUCACAACAGACUUCAGGGUUCAUUGGGCUCAGCACCCUUUAAGACCAGAAUUUGCAGAAAGCACCUAUUUCUUGUAUAAGGCUACUGGGGACCCUUACUACCUAGAAGUAGGAAAAACACUCAUUGAAAAUUUAAACAAAUAUGCUAGAGUACCUUGUGGAUUUGCUGCAAUGAAGGAUGUUCGUACUGGAAGCCAUGAGGACAGAAUGGAUUCUUUCUUCCUGGCUGAGAUGUUUAAAUACCUUUACCUGCUCUUUGCUGAUAAGGAAGACAUGGUUUUUGAUAUAGAAGAUUAUAUCUUCACUACAGAGGCUCAUCUACUGCCUCUUUGGCUCUCUACUACAAACCAAACAAUGUCUAAGAAAAAUACAACAACAGAAUACAUGGAGCUGGAUGACAGUAACUUUGAGUGGACAUGUCCGAACACCCAGAUUCUCUUCCCAAAUGAUCCUAUGUAUGCUCAGAGUAUCCGUGAACCUUUGAAAAAUGUGGUGGAUAAGAGCUGUCCUAGGGGCGUUGCCAGAGUAGAAGAGAGUUUUGGGAGUGGACCAAAACCACCACUGAGAGCCAGGGAUUUCAUGGCCAGUAAUCCUGAGCAUUUGGAGAUACUGAAGAAGAUGGGAGUCAGUUUGAUUCACCUCAAAGAUGGAAGAGUACAAUUAGUGCAGCAUGCAAUUCAAGCAGAAAGUUCACUUGAUGCUGAAGAUGGUUUGCGAUUCAUGCAGGAAAUGAUUGAACUGUCCAGUCAGCAACAAAAAGAGCAGCAGCUACCCCCACGUGCUGUUCAAAUUGUUUCCCACCCAUUCUUUGGCAGGGUAGUAUUGACAGCUGGGCCAGCACAAUUUGGAAUGGACCUAUCCAAACACAACGUAGGGACAAGAGGAUUUGUUGCAACCAGUAAACCUUACAAUGGAUGCUCGGAGAUCACUAAUCCUGAAGCAGUGAAGGAGAAAAUUGCUUUGAUGCAGAGAGGCCAGUGCAUGUUUGCUGAAAAGGCACGAAACAUCCAAAAAGCUGGAGCAAUAGGGGGCAUUGUUAUUGAUGACAAUGAGGGAAGCAGCAGCGACACUGCUCCUCUAUUCCAAAUGGCUGGUGAUGGAAAGAAUACAGAUGAUAUCAAAAUCCCCAUGCUCUUCCUGUUCAACAAAGAAGGAAAUAUUAUACUUGAUGCAAUCAGAGAAUAUGAAUCUGUAGAAGUGCUUCUCUCUGAUAAAGCAAAAGACAGAGCAACAAUAUUUAAAGGUAAAAUGAUUCCAAACUACAUUAUUGAUAGCAAUCUGGAAAUGGAAAACCUGGACCAGAAGUCCUCUGAAAAUGAUUCACAUAAGCAGAGACCAGAAGAGACUUCAGCAUCUCAGGACCUCAGCUUGGCCAGUCAAGAGCCUGAGGGAGAAGGAAGUUCUGAUGUUACUCAUCUUGAUUCAUUAUCCCCUGUUGAUGCAGACAGUGAUAGCAUUUCCAUUUCAAACCAGGAGUCCUGUAUCACAGAAAUCCAUGAGGCUAAUGUUCAAGAGACAGAAAGUACAGAAUUAGAUAACCAGCCUCAGGAACAAUCUCAGACUGAGACAGAUUCCAGCUCCAAUGUUAAUUGGGAUAAUAAAGUCCAGCCUAUGGAAUCCAUAUUAGCAGAUUGGAAUGAAGAUAUAGAAGCAUUUGAAAUGAUGGAAAAGGAUGAACUAUGACUUCUAAUAACUUAUUUGUGGAUAAACAAAAUGGUGAAUUUGUUGGGUAAAAGUAAGGCCCUAAUAUCUAAGAAUUAGAAAUUGUUCAGUAUUGUGAUGAGCAACCAGGUUUCGCCUGGAUAAUAUAAUAGAAACCCAGCACAUGUUAUAAUUUAUAUAGUUUUAAUUUUUCCUGUUUUGAAAUGGGAAUGUGCAAUUGAACUGUUUGUAUGGCUCUGUUGCAUGGUGCUGUAAUACAGGAGGUUUCAUUCAGGGAAUUAAUCAGAUUUCUGCAUUCCAGGCAUCCGGAGAGCAGAUUGCCUUGGCCUCUGGAAAGGUUGAAGUUGAAUGUAAUGGGAUUAAUGCACCACUUGUUGGCUGGUUAUGGCACUUGAAGGCAAUAGUCAGAGGCUAUUCUAAUUGAAGGUGCAGUUUCACUGAUAAAGGCCUUUAUGGAGAGAAAUAGGUGAAAUUGUGAGACAUUUCCAGCUGUAAUGUCUUUAAGACACAGCUAGAAACAGCUCAAUUUGUCCUGACAUUUAUAUCCUAAUAAGAUAGCAGUGUUGCUUAUCACUCCUUCCAUCUGUUGUUUUGAAGAAUGACCAAGAUGACUUGGAUUUUUCCUCUUCUGCUCUUAUUUCAACUAGAGAGGCUGUAUAAACCAAAGGUAACAUGUUCUACUAGGAAGCUCUUUUAGGAAAAUUAAGAAAGCUUUGCUAAUUAGAGGACUAGUACAUAAAGGUUCACAGUGAUUAUGAAGAUUGUUACUUGAAUUAAGGUAAAUUGGGCAAAACACAUUUUAAUACAAUUUUUCCUUUUUGGCCUUCCAUGCUUAAAGUUAUCAAGCUUAAAACUACCUUAAGACACACAAUUUAGCAUUAUUAUUGUUCUCUGAUAAUAGAUGAGAAUUUCAAUGACAAUUUCUGUUUUCUCUACAAGAAAUAUCUGUCAACACUUGGGCAAGAAGGCUAGUAUCAAUAGUGAAGCACAACUGUUUACCUUUAGCUGUUGGGUCCAUAAUUCAAAAUUUAGUGGUGUGAAGUCAAAGAAUAAUUGAUAUGAUACUUCUGUUUUUUGUUGUUGUUUUUUAAAUACAAGUAAGCAUGGUUCCUAAUCAUGUUUUCGGACGCAUCCUCCAAUUAAACCACAAAUCUGAUUAAGCAAACAAGAAGCAGUUAGCUUAACUGAGUCCAAAUUAAAACUGCCAAAAUUCUAGUUUAAGUUGAUAUAUAGACACGGGUUUUAGUUAAUUAUGGCUCAAUUCAGUAUUUAAUCUGUUUUUUCCUUUUCAGAGAGAGACUUAACACUGCCUAUAUCAUGCACCAGACUAAAACUGAAAGUUUUUAUAUUUAUAUAUAAUCUUUAUACUGGCAAACAGAUGUAUCCCUGUCUGAAGUGCACCUUUCAUUUUACUGGUGAGAUUAAAAUGUGCCGAAUAUGCAAAUGUCAAUCAGUUCAGCCAUACUGUAUUGUACUUAUGUAUAUUCAUAUAUGGUUUCAAGUCCCAGACAAAUGUUGUAUACAUGUAAUCUAACAGUGACACUUGCUCUCAAGAGUAUCAAAAUGCACAAGUACCUUUGAGAGCAUGUUUAGUCAAUCAUAAUACUAUACAGAAAUUGAAUGACAAUUUAACUGAAUAGAGGUGUAGUUAACUUUGAGAUAGUGAAGCAGUAGGGAACUAGUGAAUAAGUGUCCUUUUAAAACUUAGUUUUAAUUUCUUUGCACAAAUAACUAUGGAGGUUUGGGCUUAAUGUGUUGGUACAGUGCUGAAGCUUAAUACUUUGUCAUUUUAGACUGAGGGAUUGAUUUUAAAGGAUGGGAUUAUUCCUCAAAAUCUUUGAAGUGUCCUUUGUAACUUGGGUGCCCAG